AUGGCGGCGGCUUCCGCCAUGGACGUCGAGGCGCCGGCGCGUGCGCCCAGCACCACCACCAAACCGAAUCGCCGCUCUCCCCACGACCUCCUCGCCGAGACCCGCGCCUCCGUCGAGGAGGUCGCCGCGCGGAUCCUCGCCAUCAAGAAGGACGGCGCGCCCAAGUCCGACCUCAACGAGCUCGUCGCGCAGAUGUCGCUCCUCCUCAUCACGCUCCGCCAGGUGAACAGGGAGAUACUGAUGGAGGAGGACAGGGUGAAGGGCGAGACGGAGGCGGCCAAGGCGCCCGUGGACUCCACCACGCUGAGGCUGCACAACCUGCUCUACGAGAAGAACCACUACGUCAAGGCCAUUAGGUCGUGCCUCGACUUCCAGACCAAGCACCCCGGGAUUGAGCUCGUGCCCCAGGAGGAGUUCCACCGCGCCGCGCCUGCUGACAUCCGUGACAAGACACUCGCGGCUGACGCCGCCCACGACCUCAUGCUCAAGCGCCUCAACUUUGAGCUCGUGCAGCGUAAAGAGCUAUGUGAGCGGCAUGAUAAAUUGGAACAACAGAAGAGCAUCUUGAUGGGGACAAUUGCAACUCAGAAGAAAUUCCUUUCAAGCCUCCCGUCGCAUUUAAAAUCACUGAAGAAAGCAUCAUUGCCAGUGCAGCAGCAGCUGGGCAUGCUGCAUACCAAGAAACUGAAGCAGCACCAUGCAGCUGAGUUGCUCCCGUCUCCUCUGUAUAUAACCUAUACCCAGUUAUUAGGACAGAAAGAAGCAUUUGGAGAGAAUAUUGAAGUGGAGAUAAGUGGAAGCACAAAGGAUGCUCAAACUUUUGCUCAACAGCAAGCCAAGGAGGCAAAUGGCACUUUAUCAAAUGAUGAUAAUAAUCGGAUGGAUGAUGAUGCAAUUGAUGAUGAAGAAGAUGCUCAGAGAAGAAGAUCAAGGUCCAGGAAGACUUCGAAGGAAGCUAAUAAUCCUGCGUUGGCAUAUCAACUUCAUCCACUUAAAGUUGUUCUCCAUGUAUAUGAUACUGAAGUUUCUGGAACCAAGCGUCGUAAGCUAAUAACCCUGAAGUUUGAAUAUUUGGCAAAGUUGAAUGUUGUCUGUGUUGGAUCCGAAAACUCGGAGGGGGUGGACAGCAAUAUUCUGUGCAACCUGUUUCCAGAUGACACUGGUUUAGAGCUGCCUCAUCAGAUGGCUAAGCUUUACGCUGGGGAGGCUCCAAAUUUUAGUGAAAAGGAGUCACGUCCAUACAAGUGGGUACAGCAUCUAGCUGGUAUAGAUUUCCUGCCAGAAGCUCCUUUAUCUGCCGGGGAAUCUAACAGAGCAGCGAGAAGUGCUGAUUUGUCAUCUGGGCUUGCACUAUACCGCCAGCAGAAUCGUGCACAGACUAUUUUGCAGAGAAUUCGCUCUCGGAAAGUUGCCCAAAUGUCUCUCACGUGGCAACUUAAUUAUUUAACUAAGCUGAAGUGGCCUCAAAUAGAACACCAGAAUACACCGUGGGCAUCACGCACCCCAUUGUGUAAUCUGCAUAGUUGGUCAUUGACAGGGUUUUUUCCUGAGCCAUCGGCUUGUUCUGCUUUAAUGGUGAGUGAGCCUGCAGGAAGUGUUGACAGUGAUACGGAGAGAAGAUCUGUGACAAACUGGCAAGAAACUGAGGGUAUCGCAGAGGAUGGGGAACUUCCGCUUGUGGUUGCUGCUGAACAUAACCCAAGUGGUUCCAUAAUGUCGCACUCAGAGGUGUCACCUGAAGUUCGAAACCAUUCUAGAGGCUUAUCCCUUAUAACAAAGAGCGCCACGCCAUCUAAGCUAAGCAUCUCACACAGUUUUGGGAGAAAUGAGGAUGAUCUUGAUUUCUUAAUGGACAGUGAUACUGAGUUGGAGGAACUGACAUGUGACCAAGAAACUGUACAAGGUACUAUAACUAUCGACAAAUCCUGGGAGGACUAUGCUUCCAGGGAGUUCACGAUGGUUUUGAGUAAAACUUUGAAGAAUGGUCCAAAAGUCAUGCUGGAGGCCAAGAUUAAAAUUAGCAUAGAAUAUCCUCUUAGGCCACCCCUUUUCAGAUUACAGCUGAUUUCUGAAAACACCGUGGCUUUAAAAUGGCACAAUGAUCUCCGUGCAAUGGAAGCUGAGGUGAAUCUUCACAUCCUCCGAGACUUGUCUGUGUCAUGUGAGGACUACAUGUUAACCCACCAAGUUAUGUGCCUUGCUAUGUUAUUUGAUAUGCACUUUGACGAGGAUAACGAGAAAAGAAAAGUGACUUCAGUGAUUGAUGUUGGGCUUUGCAAACCCGUAAGUGGAACUAUGCUCACUAGAUCAGUCAGGGGAAGAGACCGCAGACACACCAUCUACUGGCGAGGUGCUGAUUGCUCUUAGUUAUCUGUAGAGUAUGCAUGAAUCAGCAUAUCGUGUGUCAUUUGAAGGAAAUGGAGGUGCUAAAACAACCAUUUUGUACUAAAUGGCACUGAGAAAACUAGCAUGGACCCUUGGUUAUUCCUGCUGACGUGGUCGGAGCUGCCAACCUAUGAUUUGAUGUUGCCUGAGAGUUCGUUAUGCAAUCAUGUUGUACUCUAAUUCUGGAUUUUACAUGAACUUUCGUUGCUCCAGCAAGUCUUGGGAUCAUGCAGGAUCAAUCAACAGACAGACUGUAAGCCAAACAGAGUUUGGAUGCGCCUGGGUGGUAGUGGAGUGGUGCUAGUCAUACUUUUACCUAUCUAUUUCAGUCAUCUAAAGUGUAGGCAUUUGGUGAUGGCUGACUUAAUCCACUGUCCAUGUUAUUAAGCUUUCAGCUGAUGCCUUAUCAGCAUUGGUAUACAAAGAUAUAAGAACCAGUGGCCAAUAGAAUAGAUUUAACUUAAAUCAAGGAAUUUUGCAAUAUAUUCUGUUUAAUCUGAACUACCAAUUUGAUGUA